AUGGAGAGUGCGACGGGCUCGGGCAGAGCAGGCGACAUGAGGGAGGUGUACGAGGCGUGGAUUCGCGAGGGGGGUGGCGACGACGAAACGAGCGACGGGAGGUCGGGAUGGCAGGAGUGUUCGCGGAGAGCGCGGCACUGGGGAUGGCGGGCGGUGUUUCGGUUCAGAGUGGUGAUAGAGGAGGAGGUGCGAGGGGUGCUGGCGGAUAUGGCGUGGCCGUUGCGGCGCCCGCAGGCUAUCAGGAGAGUGUUGCAGCUGGGGAACCUUGUUGUCGAGGAACUGGAACGGCUGGCGGAGACAGGAGAUGCUCUGUCGGCAGGGACUCGGUACUUUGCGCGAGAGGCGUUGCACCACCUGCACACACGCACAUGCGUGCUGGAUAUGAAACGGUUCCUCCGCUUGCCGCCACACACGUUGGAAGACGAGAUAGCACGUGGGGCGCUGAUAGUGGCAAAGCUAAGAUACCGCGACCUGGACACGGACGCAGUCCUGAAUCGCCUCGUGGAUACCGCUGCUGUUCUGCGUACACGCAUUGCCAGCAGCCCACUGGUGAGCCGGUACGGAGGCCCGUCUACUCCCCGUGGUGCUGUGGCUGCUCUGCAACUACUCAAUGGACUCCUCUUCGGCCCGCCAGGCAUUGCUGCACAGCCCAGACCACCACACCAGCACCUGCAGCCGCAGCAGCAGCAGCAGCAGCGUCAACCUCCGCAUCAGCAGCUGCUACUGCCGCAGCAGCUUCAACAGCAGGACCAGCAGCAGCAGCAGCAGGAGGAGCCUGUACAGCGGCAAGCAGGUGAGGUGCAGGCGCUUGCGCAAGCAGAGGAAGCAGCAGCUGGAGAAGAAGAAAAUGGGACGGGGGAGGAGGAGGAAGGGGAGGAAGAGGACGAGGAGGAGGAGGAGGAGGAGGGCGCGGAGGAGGAAGAGGAGCAGGAGGAGGGCGCGGCAGGCCAAGUGCGCGAACAGGAGGACCCGGAGUGUCUGCAUUUAGACGGCAACAGAGACGACUACUACAACCCGCGCAACUCGUACAUAAACGACGUGCUGGACUCGCGGCGAGGCAUCCCCAUCAGCCUGGCCGUGCUACAUGCUGCUAUAGGGCGCGCGUGCGGCAUCCCGGUGCGCAUGGUGGGGAUCCCGCUGCAUUUCUUGACCAAGGUGGGCGAGGACGGGCAGAUGGAGGAGCGGUUCAUGGACUGCUUCAACCGCCGGCUGCUGCACCGCGAGGAGUGCGUGCAGCUCAUCAGGUGCGCUCUCCCCCGUCAUCUCCCCCUGCGUUUCUUCCUGAACCUCUCCCCCCACCUCUCCCCCGACCCCGCCUCCUGUCCAAACCCCCCAUCCGCUUUCCCCCAUUCUGACCCCCCUCUCCGAUUCCCUUCCUGGCCCUCAUUCUGCUCUGUCCUCCUCCUCCCCACCCCCGGUUGCGUGCUACCUGGUUGCGUUGCGUGCAGGUCCAUGGGGUUGGAGUACAACCCGCGCCUGCUGGCUCCUGUGGGCGCGCAGGCCGUGCUCGUCCGCAUGUGCAACAACCUCCUUGCCAUCUACGCACAGAGGGAGGCGGACGGCGACGGCAGGACACAACCAUCAAGGGACGCACAGAGGCGCCUGCUACCGCUCCUGGACCUGCUGCUAGCCGUGAACCCCAGCGACGUGGGCGAGCGAUUCCACAAGGCGAAGCUGCUGCUCACCGUGCCUGACUUUGACGCGGUUACCGCAGAGCUGCACGUGCUGCUGCAGGCGUCGGGGCAGCAGGGGGGCGUGCCGGGCGCGGUGCCGCGCGCGCUGCUGCAGCAGUUCAUGGACAACGCACAGCAGAUGCGGAGGCAGCACGAGCUGUGGUGCAACGAGCGCUUCACGCCCCGUCCAGCGGACCUGGCAUUCCGAGUGGGCACAAUAGUGCGGCACCGGCGGUUCGGGUAUCGGGGGAUUGUAUUCGGGUGGGACCCUCGCUGCACCGCGGACGAGACAUGGAUAGCGCAAAUGCAGGUGGACAAGCUACGCCUGGGGCGUGUACAGCCCUUCUACCGACUGCUCGUGGACGUCAGAGACCACCCUCACCACACCACCUAUGUGCCUCAGGAGAACCUUGUUCCGUCACCUGAAGUUGGGCCUGUACACAAUGAAGAGCUGGGUGCCUACUUCCUGGGACUCAGAGCGGGGCGAUACGUGCCAAACGCCUACUUGCGGUAUCGCUAUCCGGACGAUUUUUCGGAUGCGGCCGGACGAUAA